CGGCACUCGAUCGUACCGCUUAGUGCCACGUCGUGUCUCAGAGCGCCCAGGCCACGGGCCCCCGAAUCGUACCGCUUAACGGAAAGUCUAAGAAACAUAUACCUUACAUACCAAAAAUUCCAAUAAUACUAGUAUUAUUUGAAGUACUAGCAAUACUCGAAGUACUAGCAAUACUCGAAGUACUAGCAAUACUAGAACUCCCCGCCUGGGAAAGUGAGUGCCGUGAAUAGCCUGCCAGCACAUCGAUAAACCUUUUAUUUUUGGAGAAACCAGCUGCCAGCAGCAUCCGUCAUGCAGGUCUUCGAUAACAAUAUGCGCCGUGCCUCACGUCGUGCCUCGCUGCGUCGUGGCUCGAUUUCGGCCUUGCCCCAGAAGUCGCACGAGAUUCCCUGGGACAUCUUCGAGCGGCUCUCCCUGCCGUUCCUGUUGUGCCAGGCGGCGGCCAUCGUGACCUCCCACCUGCUCCACGCCCUGGACAUCUCCAGCAUCUCCACCUUCGCCGUGUUCGUCUGGUUCGCAUUGGCCACCGUGGGAGCCGUGCUCUUCUACCACUUCGUCAAGGUAUCCGCUUCGGGCAAGGGCGUGCUAAUCACCGGCUGCGAGGCCCCACUGGCCUGGUACUUGGCCAAGAAACUGGACGACCUGGGCUUCACCGUUUACGCCGGAUUCAACACGCCCAUCGAGGAUUCGGACGAGGCCAAGAUACUCAAGGAGGAGACCUCGGGACGCAUGAAGCUGCUGCACCUGGACGUCACAUCGGAGAAAACGAUUUUGGAAGCUGCCCGCUAUGUGUCGCAGCACUUGCCCCAUGGCGCCGAGGGGUUGUGGUCUGUGGUGCACUGUGCCCACUGGAUUGCAUUGGGUGAACUCGAGUGGAUUCCAUUUGCCGUGCUGAGGAAGAGCCUGGACUUGAACCUGCUGGGUGGAGCCCGCCUCACCCAGAUCUUCCUGCCCCUGGUCCGCCGUGCCCAUGGUCGCGUGGUCUUCCUUACCUCCGGCCUGAACCGGGUGCCAUCUCCCGUCCGGGGCAUCCAGAACGCCACCCAGGCGGCCGUCGACUGCUUCGCCGCCUGUCUGCGCCAGGAGAUGAGGACCCGCGGAGUGGAUGUGUCCGUGGUGGCCGCCGGAGAGUUCGCCCCCGGCAACGGCUGGCUGAACGAAACGGAGCUGCGGGACCAGGCCAAGCAAAUGUGGAACCAGCUUUCCUCGGAACAGAAGAAGACCUACGGCGAGGAUUACUACGAGGCGGCCAUGACGUCGGUGGAGAAGUAUUCGCGCCAGGCGGCCGACAUCCAGCCCACGCUGCGCGUCCUCAUCGAUGCCGUGACCAGGACCUUCCCCAUGGCCCGCUACACUCCAGUGACGGCCAACGAGAGGCUCCAGAUCUUCCUGGCCGAGCACCUGGCUCCCUCCCUCUACGAAUCGGUGUACGGCGAGCAGAAGAAGUUCGUCUACUGAGUGCCCCAUCCCAGAUCCACUGUCCACUAUCCAACAUCCACUGUCCAAUACCGAAACGGCCUGAUAUUGUUAUUCGGAAAUUGUUAUUCAUUUAUGAUUUACCCCGAAAUCCAUCUCCCUGCUCCUUGGUGCGCGUGAAGGACACCCCGAAAAGGAACUGUUGCCGGGAGCACUGUUUCGCUGAGCUCCGCCAGUCGAUGAGCAUUUACGUCCUUCUCUCGAUUAUACUCAUAUUUCUCCUUUUCACGGAGGCGUCUGCGAACGCCUGCAUAAUAUUAUUUUCUUAAGUUGCUAGAACGAAUUGUAUAACGACGAAUAAAAUGAAAUGGAAACAAUA